AUGGGCCUGGGGCGGCCGGAGUCUAAUGGGACAGAGAGCUGGGCUUGGAGAGCGGAAGGCCCUCAUACAAGCCGAGUUGAGUUAAUUUUGAGUAUUAUUAUUAUCAUCAUUAUUAUCAUCAAAGCGACAGGCACUACAAGGCAUUUUAAUUUUGAUAUAAGGUUGCGGAACAUGACACGAUUGUGUCACACAAGGAGCAUGGUGACGGUGAAUGGGCAAUUCCCAGGGCCUAAGACCGUCAUAAGAGAAGGCGAUCGGGUUGUUGUGAAUGUGGUCAACCACGUACAAAAUAAUAUCACCAUACAUUGGCAUGGCAUCCGGCAAUUCCGAAGUGGAUGGGCCGAUGGCCCAGCAUACGUAACACAGUGCCCAAUCCAGACAGGCCAGAGCUACGUGUACAGCUUCACAAUAGUAGGCCAGAGAGGCACGCUUUGGUGGCACGCUCACCACUCUUGGCUGAGGGCCACAGUCUACGGAUCCUUCGUCAUCCUCCCCAAGCGUGGCAUCCCUUACCCCUUCCCCAAACCCUAUAAAGAAGUUCCCAUUCUCUUUGGCGAAUGGUUUAACGAAGACCCUGAGGCUAUCAUCGCCCAGGCCCUUCAGACCGGUGCAGGCCCAAAUGUCUCCGAAGCUUACACAAUUAACGGCCUGCCCGGUCCCUUGUACAAUUGUUCCACUAAAGAUACGUUCAAGCUAAAGGUGAAGCCCGGAAAGGCGUACCUCCUCCGGCUGAUCAACGCUGCGCUGAACGACGACCUCUUCUUCAGCAUCGCCAACCUCUCCGUGACUGUCGUCGAGACCGACGCCAACUACGUGAAGCCCUUCGACACGGACAUCAUCCUCAUCGGGCCAGGCGAGACCACCAACGUUCUCCUCCGCACCAAGCCCACCUCCCCAAAUGCCACCUUCUUCAUGGCUGCGAGGCCCUACAAUACCGGUCUCGGCACCAUCGACAACACCACCGUCGCCGGCCUCCUCGAGUACGAUUCCUCUUCAUCCACCUCCAGGAAAAAGCUCCCGCUCCUCAAACCAACCCUCCCGGCUAUCAAUGACACCGCCGCCGCUGCAAACUUCAGCAGCAAAUUGCGCAGCCUGGCGAGCACGCAGUUUCCGGCCGAUGUGCCCCGAACCGGGAGCUUCUACUUCACCGUCGGGCUCGGCACGAGCCCGUGCCCCAGGAACCAGACAUGCCAAGGCCCCAACGGGACCAAGUUCGCCGCAUCGAUCAACAACGUCUCGUUUGCGUUCCCAUCCAUGGCUCUCCUCCAGGCCCAUUACCUGGGGCAAUCCAAGGGGGUCUACGCUGCCGACUUCCCCAGAAACCCUCCGUUCCCAUUCAACUACACUGGGACUCCACCGAACAACACAUUCGUGACCAACGGGACAAAGGUGGCGGUGCUGCCUUUCAACACGACCGUGGAGCUGGUCAUGCAGGACACCAGCAUCCAAGGGGCGGAGAGCCACCCCUUGCACCUCCACGGCAACAACUUCUACCCAACAAAGGACCCAACAAAGGACCCGGCCAAGUUCAACCUCCUGGACCCGGUCGAGAGGAACACCGUCGGAGUGCCGUCCGGCGGAUGGGCGGCCAUCCGAUUCCGAGCUGAUAACCCUGGUGUGUGGCUCAUGCACUGCCACUUCGACGUGCACCUGAGCUGGGGACUGAGGAUGGCGUGGGUGGUGAACGACGGGCCGCUCCCUAGCCAGAAGCUACUACCUCCACCCUCCGAUCUUCCAAAGUGCUGAUCACAUCGACCGCCGGAUCUGGUCCGGGAGCUUUUGCUCAAGUUUUGGGGUUUAAUUUAUUCCUUUUGGUUUGCCAAAUGAUCAGGCCCAUAGAAGGGGUUUGAUUUGGGUGCGUUCGUUUUGUCGAGUCUCGAUGAACAACAUGCAGCCCGCAACGCGGCACCUUUUGCAAGUGCUGCGUUUUUGUUUGUUAUGGUUUCGAUUUCUUUUUGGGUGUUCUCCAUCAAUAAAAGAUCAGUUCAUGAUCAA